AUGAAUGCUCCCAUCACCGCCCCUCGUCCGGGUGUCAGUCAUCCAGCCACCGCGGCCAUUGCCAAGGAGGCAAAGCACUACAUCGCCCAUCGACCUCCUUAUCCGGAGUCCAUGUGGGAGCUCUGGACCAACUACCACCAAGGCCCCCUGACAAGCGCCCACGACAUUGGCGCUGGCAGCGGCAACGGCGCCGAGGGCCUGUUGACGCACACAUCAUCCCCCCCUCUGAAGCAUGUUGUCCUGACGGAGCCGCAAGAGGUCAACAUCAAGGACUGCGUUACCCGCUUCCACAACCGCUUCCCUGACACAAGCUUCGCGUACCGCAACUGCCGCGGGGAAGACCCCUGGAGCCCUCCCGCCGGUCUGGACCAUGUCGACUUCGUCAUGGCCUGCGAGUCGCUCCACUGGACCACCCUGGAGCCGACCCUUGACAACAUUGCGAACAGCCUGAGAGAGGACGGGACCUUUGCAGCGGUCCUUUACGGGCCCUUCCCCGCCAUCACCAACAGCGCACCCGCCAACGCGGCGUUCAAAGCCUUCCUCGCGGACCACGCGGCUCGGCUACUGAGGCAAGAUUGGAUGAAUGGGAACUGGAAGCGCGCGGCCCGUCAGAUGUUUCACGGCAUGGAGUGCGUGGCCCUGCGCGACGAGGCGUGGAAGGACGUGAAGCGCAUCGCGGUCAACUGCCGCAACGGGUGGUACGCAAAGGACUACGAGCCGCUCGAGGGGACCGCGGACCCGGUCGGCCACCUGGGGACGUGUGAGCGCAUAGCCGUCGACGACAGCAAGGACUGGCAGAUCUCGGCCCCGGUGGAGUGGCUGAAGCAGUCUCUCCAGUCGAUGCGCUUUGGCUUCUCGGAGGAAUCGUGGGCGUCGCCACACUGGCAGGCCAUCGAGCACGAGAUGGGUGACGGCGCUUUGGAACUCGAGUGGCAAGUUCAAAUGAUUUUGGCCCGAAGACGGGGGUCCGGAUGA